UCCUUGUACCAUUGGCUAUAUAUUAUGAUAUUAUAGACCGGUUGCUUACAAAGAAGGUCUAAAUGUAUUUGUAGAUUUUAUAUGUAUCUAUUACAGAUGUAAGUAGACUGAAAUGAAACUUAAAAUACGUAUUUUCUGAUAGAAUGAAAAUUGAAAGACUAUUACAUCACGGGAGAAAUCUUAAUAGCAGCGAAUAAGAAAUUGAUAAAUUUAAAUACAGUCAGUAGAUGCACUUAGAACACAAUUAUAAUCUUGUGUACAUGCAACAUGAAACGUACACACUCUUUCAGAAUGUCGGAAAAGGAGAAUUCUAGUGUAUACAUAUAUUUUUUUAACUAUCUGGUUGUCUUCAGUUUGAUGCUUUCUUUAUCAGAUACAGUUUCCCGGCCAGAAAUAGAGGCUUUAUAUCCUACUGAUACAAAAGUGUUGGAAAGCCAGCCCAUAUCUUUUCAGUGUACACUGCCAUCAUCAAUUAAAAUCCCGGUAAAAUGGACGUGGAGUUGUGGUUCUGAUAGAAACCGCAAGCCAAAGAUAUCAUCGAACACUAGUUCAGAAUUGACGUUCUAUGCAACAAAGGACGACGACAAAACCCAGUGUUCAUGCAGAGCCGAGUCCCUCUCUAAUGAAAUAUACAACGGAAUGUCUUACCCUUUGGAUAUUAAAGUUUCUUAUGUACCACGUGAUCCACCAAUAUUGGUUACCUCGCCAAAGACAUCGUUGGCGGAAGGGCAAAAAUUUAACUUCCGUUGCGAUCUCAAGUAUCCAGGAAAUCCACCCAUGAUAUGGACAUGGAGAUGUGGUGAAAGAACCUUAUUUCCUAGUCAGUUCAAUAAUAUGGGUGCUUCAUCUGAGAUUACAUUUGAAGCAGAGGCCUGGCAAAAUGGACUAUCUUGUCUCUGUAUUGCCUCUAGCCCACGAUUCGGUUACAACAUCUCGUCAAAAGGACAAAGCAUUGCCGUAUUGUAUGCACCCCUUGACUUCCCGGUUCUUAUCAAUAUAAGCAAUACUCACGUGGACGAGGGCACGGCCGUCACCCUGCGUUGUCAUGUGACGUCUGGGGGUAACCCGCCUCUGUUCUGGUCCUGGUAUUGUGGCGACAUGCCGAUGGAGCGGGGGCUCAGUGAUGGCGGGAACUGGUCCGAGGUGACCUUCAUAGCCACCAAGAUGUACCACCAGAGGGCGUGCUAUUGUCGACUAAAUUCAACGUCAGAAAAGAUCAAAUACGACAAAAGAUCUCAAAAGAAAUUCAUAACCCUCAAAACUGGACACAUAUGUUUCCCCUUACCUGCCUUUGUUGUCACUACAAGUCUUCUGUUACUAACAGUGGUAAUUGUAUCCUUCAUUGUACUAUUCCGAAACCAUCGCCUCAGAGAAAGACUUCUAGCUAUAAAGAUGCUUACCUGCAACUGCUUUGAGAAUUUGUGUAAAUCUCCACCACGCAGAGUUGAUCCUCCGCAACCAAGAAUAAGGGACAGCGAUGGCAAGACACUCACGUUUAUAGAUGAACACACCUAUGAGGCCGUUCAUCGCCAAAGGAAGAAAGUCAAGAAAGGGAAACGAAAAAGAACCCAUACAUACGAGAAUACAGUUGUGAAGUUUGCGUAAAAUUUGCUCUCACUCUCAAAUACUUGGCAAAACGAUUUCAUUGUGUUUCCAAAUCAUAUACAUGGGGAAAUCUCAAACAAAUCAUCAUCUUUGACCAAGAAAUCAAUCCAAUUACGAUCGAGAUUAUCCAAUAUUCUGGUAGAGCAUCGGAAUAUUUCAAGUUUUCAAUGAAUGUGGGAUUAAUGUACAUCUUUUUCCUUUAUUGUCGAUAGGGGUAUACGGUUUUGAUGUUAUAUUUGAUGAAAUGUAGAACAUGCAUUGAUUGUCCCAAAAUCAAUGGACGAGCGAGGUUUUCCAUUAACUGAAGCCAUGCACAGGAAUUUUAAAUUGUGUGGGAGAACUCGUUUUCCAAUACUCAGUCACAACUACUGUUACCUGUCCUUCGUACAGUAUUUAUCAAUUGAUAUAAAAUUGGUUAUCAUUAAGGUAUCCAGGCAUUUUACAAAUUAUUACAGAAUUUUUCAGCAAAAAUAUAAUGCAAAAAAUCCAAAAAAGUGAUAAUAUAUGUAAAACAUUUAAUAGGUACAAUGCGGUUUGAACCUUAUAUCUUGAACCGUGACAUUUUGUUGGCUUUGAUACCACUGAGCCAUAUGCUUUAAUGAACAUUGACAUGUAAUAUAAACACUACACGAUUUAUUCACUUUUCAUAUGAAUGACUUUUCUCAAACCUAUGAUACAUGUAAAUAUGAUUUGCUGAUACAUUGAAUGUAUGUAUGUAUAAGUUAUCGAAUAUUGCUAAGGAUUGGGCAACGUUAACCUACUUGUAUAUUGACGUAGUUUUAUGCUCAAUGCAUAGUUAAUGAAGAUAUCCAGAUUUCUUAAUUAUUUUGUUUUGUAUUAGUCUCUUUGUAUACUAGUAUAUGUGUGUUCAAAGUUCAGUUAAAUUAGAAUAUACCUCUUUACAAAUGAUUCAUUCUAUUGACAGAGUACAGCUUAAUGCCUGAUUUUCAAACUCCAAACGUGGUAUAUAUUGUGACCUUUUAAAGAUGAUUUACAGGUCACUUGAUCCAUAAAUCAGAUAGUUUAUCAAGAACCCUAUGUCUGUUUCACCAACGUUUUGAAUUUACAUUGUGAUAGAAUGUGUCCUAUUGUAAACCUCAUCGAUUUUAUUGGACAAAGAACGCCACACUACAUGAUUAAACAUCUUAUUCUAAUAUUUUGUCUUGUUUAAAACAUCUGGUAGAAAAAUAAUGCAAAAUUUUGUUGACUUUGGAUUGAUAAUCCAUAUUAUAUCUGAGGUAAACAAGAAGAUGCAGACUAUUUCAUUUUGUCUGCUAAAAUAUUUGUCAGUGCUUAUUUUAGUCUUGGUUUAGAUAUCAUAGAUAUGAAAUCUCGACUUUUGGGCACAACAAUCUGUCCUAAGAAUUAGUUAGCGCCAGUUGUUCAUGAAUCUUGGGGAUUUCUGUAUGUUCAAAUAGUUGUAUUAUAUUAAUUGAAAAUGUAUUACUAUGUUAUUUUGACUGGAUGACGACUGUUUUUGUUAAGAAAAUAAAAACUUGCUUUCAUCUUUUUGAAUGUUUGUAAAUAAAAUGUGAUUUAAGAAAAACAAUCCAAUUAAAAUU